AUGGAAUGUGGGAAGUCGAUGAAGGUCGACAAUGAGCUUAUCACAGCUUUGGUUGAGCGUUGGAGGCCGGAGACGCACACUUUCCAUCUACCGGUUGGAGAGACGACAGUCACCUUAGAAGAUGUGCAAGCGCUGUGGGGCUUAAGAGCGGACGGUCGUGUUUUCACAGGCCGUGAUCAUCAUGUUGGAUAUACUGAUUGGCCUAGCAAGUGCCGAUAUUUGUUGGGAUGGAUACCCGAUACACAGUCAGGGACAAAGCAAGGCGGUGUACUGAUGACCGCUCUGAUCAAUCAAACGAGGAUACCUUUGGGUGCUGACCUACCUACUUAUGUCUACAUCCAAAGGGCACGUAUCCAUGCCCUAAUCUUAUUAGGAGGACUCAUUCUACCUGACACGACGGGGUGUAAGGUUCAUUUUAUGUGGUUGAAUGCAUUUGAGGAACCGGACGAGGUGCACAAUAUUAGUUGGGGAAGUGUGGCUUUGUCGUACUUGUAUCAUUAUAUGUGGGAGGCUUCCAUGGAUAAGAGGAAAGAGUUAGGCGGGCCUAUGAUGCUUCUGCAGCUAUGGGCGUGGGAAAGAAUGCCCACAUUGAGGUCGUCGUUUGUAGUAGAGCUCGUGCACGAGCCGUAUACGCCAUGUGGAGCCAGGUGGAAAGGAACUACACAAAUAAGAAAUGCUCCUAGAUUUUCGGUGGAGCAUGACCGUGAUCAAAUAUCCUUGAUUAGACCUGCUCAGAUUGCAUACUGCCUGAAUACUGCAAUGGUGUGA